UUUAUCUUUAAGAUGAUCGCCAGUGAAUAAUGUACAACAUAAACAGACAGAUGAAUAGUGAUCACAUUGACAGAACAGCUGACAGUGCCAGGAGUGAGGUUGUUUCCUUGGCAACUGUUGUAGGAAUGAGGGAGGAAUCAAAGACUGUUAAAUCACUGACUCUAAAGGUUGAAGACAAACAGUUCAGUUUUAAAGCAGGGCAAUGGGUUGACAUGUUUAUUCCUGGUGUGGAGACGAUUGGUGGAUUUUCCAUGUGUAGUUCCCCUCUUAGAUUGACGGAAGACCAAUGUCUAGACUUAGCAGUGAAAUAUAGUGAACAUCCCCCUGCUUAUUGGGUACAUACCAAGUGUAAAGUGAGAGAACAAGUAAAGAUACGAGUUGGGGGAGACUUUUUCUUUGACCCAGCUGUUCAGAAAGAUGUUGAUUUACUCCUCAUAGCUGGAGGUGUAGGUAUAAAUCCAGUAUACAGUAUUAUCAAUGAAGUGGCUGAUUUGAAUAAGGGGGACAGCUCUUCUAGGUUCAGUGGAAAAGUUAAGCUGCUUUUUAGUGCAAGGACCACUGAUGAAUUAGUUUUCAAGGAGCAACUGAACAUAAUACAGAACAAUAAUGAACACAUUAAUUGCCAGUUCCACGUGACUCGUGAGAAGGAAACAACCCACAAAAUUGGAGAUGUCCUUUUACUUAAUAAAAGAAUACAGACAGGUGAUUUAGACAAAAGUUUCAACUGGCUACGAAAGGAAAAUACAUGUGUUUAUAUAUGUGGACCUUCACAUAUGAUUGAAGAUGUAGAAUUAUCACUUUUACAGCUAAACAUUGCCAAGCAAAGAAUAAAAUACGAAAAAUGGUGGUGACAUAGAAAACACAGAUCUGGCGUUAUAUACAUG